UUUUUCCGAUUGUCAGUCUCUUCGGGAGAGGUUUUCUUCCUAAUUUUGAUAUUGAUGAUUAAGAUGGCAAAUUUCCUAUUUCUUGUUGUUGUAGCAGUUUCUAUCUUUGCGAAAAACAUCGAUGCGCAGAGGGCCGCGUCCUGUGCUUCCGGUGGCCCCGGAUAUUGCUAUUGCGAUUUGCUGAGCUCCGGAAUCAGUCUUGAAUGCAACGGUUAUUACAGUCCCGAAAACAUUAUGUCCGAAAUAGAGUUCCACAAACCGCAGGGCCCUAUUGUCUCGCUAACAAUAAGCAACAUUGGCUAUGUUUUCAAUUACGUGCCCGAUGAUUUUCUUGUGGGAAAUCAGAUUCCCAGCGUUAGUUUUCAAUGCAGUCACGGAUUCGCAGUCAACCAAGGGAUUUUAACGUUCAGCGCCAACGCUUUCAGAGACGGGUCCGGCACUUGCGGCUUGGCGGGAAAUUUGACUAUCCAAGACUGUAACAUACGCCAAUUCGACACUGCCACUUUAAUAAAUUGCAACCAGUUGCAAAAGCUGGCUUUUAUGGACAGUCACGUUGAUAAAAUUAUUAAUAUACCGUCCCUCGACAGUUUGAAGAACUUCACCGUUUAUUCACCAAGGCAGUGGUUUUACGCAACUCAAAAAGGUCUUUCGCAAAUGAGUCUCGCUCCAGGAGCUCUCCUUCCACUUCUAAGCUACCUGGACCUUUCUGGAAAUAGUCUCAAUGAUGAUUCGAUUGAAUUCGUGUCUCAAUUGACGGUUAUCGAAGAGCUGCAUUUGGAAGGCAACAAUUUCACCGUCGUCCCUGAGCUGACGGAUUCUUUUCAUUUGCAUACCGUCUCCAUGACGCUCAAUUCAACUGAAACGUUAAUCUCCGUCCUACUUCCAAAUCCUAGAGCGCAGUUGCGAUCUCUGCGUGCUACUUUUGAUUCCAAGUCUCAGGCAAUUCACGAUGUCAUUUCUUUGGAAGGAAUGUUUGUUCAAGAUGUCAUCAACUUUAAACUUAAUAUGACAAAGUUUAGCGAGGAAGUAUUUCUGGCACCUCUUCAAACGAAUGGACUCACCAUUAAUUUAAAUCCCGCAUCUAGAUUUGCAUGUGGUUGCAGCAUCUCGUGGCUCGUACGCGAUAAUCCGACUCUUUUAAACCAAAUCAACAACGGGACGUGCACCGAUGGACGUCCAUUCCAGUCCAUUCCUGCAGAAGAAGUUUCUUGUUGUUCAAAUAAAUCGCUUCUUCUUCGAAUCGAUCGUCUGCAAAAGGAAAAUGACAAUCUGAAGGCGAUGCAAAGUUCCAGGUGCAAUAGAGAGUGCCCACUUUCGCUGCCUGUUAAAUCACAGGUGUAGGCCUCUCAAUGAAAGUAUAUCUGUCUUCCGACUACGAGAUCCGGCUUCCAUCCCUAUCCGCUGCUAUUGUGCCAAUACCAAAAUGUUGAAGAAUCAGAUUAUACCGUUUAUAGUGUAACUUAAUAAUACCUAAUACAAAAUAGCAUA